UAUCAUCACUUCUUAUCCAGGGUCAAACAGUCUCUCCAAUCUAGUUCUUAUCAAGACAUCGUUUAUAAUAUGGACGCUACAUAAUGACGAAUAAGUUUGCGUUCGUAGUUGUUGUUUGGGUUUGUAUGACAAUUCAGGUUUAUAGUGCUGGAUGCCAUGUGGGAUGGAUUCGGUUUCAGAACAAAUGUUACUGGUUCAGCCAUGACUCAAGACCUUGGGGAGAAGCAGAGGGAAUUUGUUCCGUAUUUCACUCGAAACUUGCAGAACCAAUGACCGAAGCCGAAUCUAACUUUCUGAUAAGUCACAGUCAAAUUCAGCCUUCAGACUACUGGAUUGGUAUAUCCGACAUGAUAGAGGAAGGCAGAUGGAUUUACUCUUCCAAUCAAAACGUCAUACAAGUGAAUAGAUGGGCUCCAGGAGAACCUAACGGACACACAGGGGAAAACUGUGUCCAACUAAGAAGUGGGGUACAUGGAAAAUGGAUCGAUAUAGGAUGUGGACAAAAUUAUAGAUUUAUUUGUGAGGCUAAAGUUAAGGAAAUGAACGGAAUUAUUGGUUAAACAUUAUGAUGUUAUGUCUUGUCAAAAUAAAUUUGUACACAUUGCUUGUCGAAAUGUGGUUCAAAAAGUUGAUUAAGCAUACACAAAACGUUUGCAUGGAUAAAGCUGCAUAUUAUUUUCUUUCUUCUU